CAUUUCUCCGCAGGACCGGCUCUCCUCUUUGCAGCGCAUUGUCUGGGCAUGAGACUCACACCCAGGGGAGCGCAGGCUGGCUGGGGCUCGUGGGCUGCGCCUCUGAUCCAGCCCCCUCGCCCUCCCCUUUCCCCCGCCCCUCCAAGCGCAAAUUAAUUACUUGAUUAAAAAAAUAAAAUAAAAUAAAAAAAGUUUGCAGCCCCCUCCUGCCCGCCCCCGGCGAUGUAGCAAUGGGAAAUUCCUUCACGGCACAGACCGCGCCAAUGCCUUGUGCAAGGGCAGCCUGGAGACGCGAGGCAGCGAAGGGAAGACUAGGGAGGGAUUUUUAAUUCCUUUUGGAGAAAUCAGACCGUGUGUGAAGGGGCAGCUUAGCUCCCUCUGGUCCAUUGCAUCGCUUGGCUUGCUCACCACCUCCUUGAUUCAAGCAGAUCGCGACUGCAGUUGCCUUCAGCCCCCCACCCCCCAGCUCCCACCCCCUUUGCCUUGCUCACCUGGGAAGGUGAAGAAUGCAUCUCCAAUACUGGGACGGAUCCUUGCUGCAAUGAGACCUGAGCUGUGUCUUGAAGACAGCGACACUGGGAUCGGCAGAUGGUGUGUGCUUGAGCCGCAAGAACAGCUCUAAGUUGCUACAGAUUGGCUACAUAUCUAUUAGGAGAAGAUGGCCAUCUCCUUGAAGAUCUGCUUCUUCACUCUUGUGCUCCUUCCUCUGGUCGCAGCGACGCACUCAGACUGCAUCAUCAGAAAGGAGCAGGAGGCCUGCCUGGAGAAAAUCAAGAGAGCAAGUGCCCUCAAUCCACUGAAUGAGUCCUCCCCAGGAUGCCCUGCGAUGUGGGAUAAUAUUACAUGCUGGAAGUCGGCGAGUGUGGGCGAAAUCGUCUUUGUCAAGUGUCCUGCUCUGUUCAGUAUUGUUAACUCGGAAGACGGUUGGGAAGUGGAUAACAUGGGGCAAACUCAUCCAGAUGUAGGGGACAUCAGCAGAAACUGCACAGAGGAUGGCUGGUCUGAACCUUUCCCUCAUUAUUAUGAUGCCUGUGGGUUUGAUGAAAAUGAAACAGAGUCUGAAAAUCAGGAUUACUACUACCUCUCCGUGAAGGCUCUGUACACAGUGGGAUACAGCACGUCCCUUGUAUCCCUCACCACAGCAAUGGUUAUCCUGUGUCGUUUCAGGAAACUUCACUGCACUCGGAACUUUAUUCACAUGAACCUCUUUAUUUCAUUUAUUCUACGAGCAAUAUCCGUCUUCAUCAAAGAUGGGAUUUUGUAUGCGGAACAGGAGAUUAACCAUUGUUUUAUAUCUACUGUGGAAUGCAAAGCAGUGAUGGUCUUUUUCCACUAUUGCGUCAUGUCCAACUAUUUCUGGCUGUUCAUUGAGGGAUUGUACCUUUUCACCUUACUGGUGGAGACCUUUUUCCCAGAGAGGAGAUAUUUUUAUUGGUACACCAUCAUCGGCUGGGGCACCCCGACAAUUUGUGUCACUGUCUGGGCUGUGCUGAGACAUCACUUUGAUGAUAUCGGCUGCUGGGACAUGAAUGAUAACACUGCCCUGUGGUGGGUGAUAAAGGGCCCCGUGGUUGGAUCAAUAAUGAUAAACUUUGUUCUUUUCAUUGGCAUAAUCGUUAUCCUUGUGCAGAAACUCCAGUCGCCUGAUAUUGGGGGCAACGAAUCCAGCAUUUACUUCAUCUUGCUGGAAAGAAAGGAGAAACAUGGCAUAUACCAUAGGUAGGUAUGAUUUUACAUAUGGUCCAAUCUAAAGGGCUUAGGUUAGCGAAUCACUGUCCUAAAGCAAGUGUUUUGGUAAACAACACUCCUCUGCAAUUCACUGACAAAGUCACUGGAAAUUCAAUGAUUCAUUUUGCUACUGCUUUGUCUUGCUGCAAAUACUCAAAUUAGCAGUGCCAGUUAUUUCCAACAGGAUCUUCCUGGCAUAAACCCCAAUUAUAACGGGAAACUGCAGCUCCUUUGCUGAGCGGUCUGUCCAUUGGCACGGCGCUUUAAUUGCUUAAACACGGACAUUAUUAAUUGGGGAAGGGAGGUGGAACUCCCACUAACACCAGGAAUGCAGGGGUCUCUUAAGCAAAGGUUUAUCCAUCCCAACACUAGGAAAAGAUUAUAGAAACAGUGAACAUUGGUUACUUGUCAGCACAUGAGACAAUGGGGUCCUAGUUCUCAUUUCUAGAACAGCCAAUAAGUAUGUUAAAAAUGGUUGCUCUAUUUUUUUAAAGACUAAAUCUUACAAAAGUUGCCUAGUGUUCAAGAGUAAAAUGCCUCCUUCACAAAUAUUGGGUGGUAUCUGUUUUAAACACCAUUAAACAGAUGAUUUUCUGUACCUCUGUACCACACUAGGAGUAAUUAAGGUGAACCCCCUCCUGGCCCCAAAACUAUUUGCAGAAAGCAGUGGACGUCUCUGGCCUGCCAUUGAGCUAUCUGUGUAUGAUACUUAGAUGGUCCCAUUCCUAUAGUCUCUGAAGCCUCACAAUCUAUAAUGCAUUUCUCCCCACAGCACUCCUAUGCUCUAUAUCCCCAUUUAGCGCAUGAGGAACUGAAAGACCAAGUGUCUUGCUCAAAGUCACACACGGAGCCUCUGUUAGAGCAGAUAAUUGAACUUAGGUUUCCUGAGUCCCAGGUUAGCACCCUAACCACCCAUCCAUCCUUCUUCUGU